GCGCUGUGUUUUUAUGCUUUGUUAGAUGUGUGUAGUUCUGUUUCUCUGGUUCCUUUGAGGUCCAACAGGAGCGAACCAUCAGAACCUGAGUGUGAACGGAUGAAGCUCUCUGAACGUACUUUGAGCAGUUCAACUGCUUUUAACACGUCAGCCUACGGAAGUUACCUUAGCUUGCUAACUGUGAACGUGUUGACAUAAAUCCGAAUCGGGGCAUAAAAAGACUUUUGGGAACAGACGAGAUGGACCAUAAACUGUCUGAUGUACUUGUAAAAACCGAAGAGACGCAGCAGAGAACAGAUAAGGCAGAAGAAGAGCUUCCCUUUGAGCAACAGGACUGGAAUCUGGACCGGGGCCACUGCAACCCUCCGCACAUUAAAGAGGAAGAGGAGGAACGAUGGAUCCUUCAGGAUGGAGAUCAGGUUCAAGAGGUGGGGAAGACUGAUGUCACAGUCAAGAAUGAACAUGAAGAGAAACCUCAGACCUCACAGAUUCACCACAGUCAAGCUGAGAGCAACUCACAGAAAAACAUGAAAACAGGAAGUAAUGAAAUCAACUGUGAAGGACCAGAACCUGCCAGCAACUUUAGUUAUCUACAACCAGAUAUUGAUGACAAGACUUUAGGCUCUUACAAACAUGUGACUGAAGACAAUAACAGUCCUGACAGUGACUUUUGGAAGGAGACCAGGGAACGUCAGCCCGGAUCACAUGAUAAAUGUAAUGCUGAGAAACCAUUUAGCUGCUCCAAGUGUGGUAAAAGAUUUUCAUCCAGACAUCAUUUCAGGAGACACAUGAGUGUAACAGAAGAGAAACCAUUUAGAUGCCCUGAGUGUGGUCAACGAUUUGGCUAUAAGAACAGUUUAAGGGCACACAUGAGGAUACAUGUGAUAUUAAAAUGGUUUACUUGCUCUGAGUGUGGUAAAGGUUUCACCUACAGGAGAAGUCUGAAGAAUCACAUGAAAAAGCACACAGGAAUACAAACAUUUAGCUGCUCUGAGUGCGGUCGCAGCUUUGGCAGCAAAAAGUAUCUGAAGAGACACAUGCAAAUUCACACUGGAGAGAAACCAUUCAGCUGUCCUGAUUGUGGUCAGCGGUUUGGCUACAACAACAGUCUGAAGGUCCACAUGAGGACUCACACAGGAGAAAAACCUUUUAGUUGCACCGAGUGUGGUCAUAAAUUUAGCUGCAAGAAAAAUUUGGUAAGACACACAAGAAUUCAUACAGGAGAGAAACCAUUUGCCUGCUCAGUCUGUGGUAAAAAAUUCUCUGUGAAGUACAACUUGACCAAGCACAUGACAUGUCACACGGGAGAGAAACCAUUUAGUUGCUCAGUCUGCAGUAAGAAAUUCACUCAGCGGUCACAGUUAAUGAAUCACAUGAGCGGUCAUACAGGAGAGAAACCGUUUAGCUGUGCUAAGUGUAGCAAAAGAUUUGGAGUCAAGUGUGCUCUGAACAGGCACCUGAGAAUUCAUUCAAAUGAGAAAACCUUCAUCUGCUCAUCAUGUGAUAAAGAAUUUAAACAAGUGGGAAACCUGAGACAACACGCAAAGAUUCACAUGGGAGAGAAACCCUUCUGCUGCACUGUGUGCCAGAGAAAAUUUACAUGGAAAGUCUCCUUGGCACGUCAUCGUUGUGAUGGCAAAAUAUCAGAUUCAUCAUCGAAACACUCAGAAUGAAGGAGCUGAGUCUCACCAGCAGCUCAACUGAACAGACAAAAACCAAGCUGAUGGAGACGACUGAAGGGAGAGAUUCAGACAGAUGGACAUUUAUUAGACAUGGGAAAUGUCAACCUCGUCUGCAAUUAACUCUGACAAUGGUUCCUGAAAAGUGCCCUCAAACCUCUGGAAGUCGCAGUGUAUCCAGAAUUUUUUGUGA